AUGUCGGAUUAUGAAGUGAAAGGUAAUUUUUGUCGUUGUCAAACAAGUAUAUGUAUCGAUUAUCCAUCUGUCGGGAAAAUCAUGAGCACAGCAUAAAGUUUGCUGCGCUCAUCGCGUCGCUGAAGCAAAAAGCAAUUUUUUAUUUUACACAAUUUAUUUUCUGGCCGGAAAUGCGACUUUCAAUACGACAUUGCGUCCAUUAUUUUCCCCACAGAUAGAUAAUAUACAUAUAAGUUCUCAUAAAAACGUCUUCAUUCCAGCCAGCUUUGAUGACGAUGUUGAGCAGCCUAUGACCCGCUACAAGUGUCUGCAUUGCUUGAACAGCAUCGUCGCAACAAAGGUUCCCAGCUUCUGCGAGCACUGUGGAUUCCGGCUGGACCAGAAGUGCAGCAAGUGUAGCCAGACCGUCAAGUAAGUUGGCAGCUUUGCAAAAAUUACAGCAAAAAAAGAAAUUUUUCAUGUAACACAUUGAUUUUUUUGUACAAUUUCCGAGCUAGAGGCAUACCAACUCCUGAAAGUCUUCGCUCGCACUUUUGGCACUACGACUUUUUUGGGGUCAGCGACAGUUCGGUACGAUACUAUGGAUCGCGUCGGUGCGUCCUUCUAUGCAUGGGCAGGCUAGGAGAAGGCUUAGUUAGGGGAAAUAAUAAGUUUCAUGGGGUCCUAGAACAGCUAUCCUUAUUUUGAGGUAGUUUACAUGCACUCACAUCAAUAUUAUCAAGAUAAAAGUUAGGGAUCUUCGCUCUUUGCCGCAAAUUUUGGUCUUUGAUAUGUUAUAAAUAAUAACUCAGGGUAAAGAAAGAUAACGUCAGUAAUAGCUAAAGUUACAAAAAGGUGGACAUUUUGCAAGUCUUGUCCAAGUCUCCGCCGAACGUCCGCCGAGCGCCCGCCGACCAUCCAACGGCUUUGUCAGGCCUCGUAGACACUUCCGAAGAUGUUUUUGGGGCAUCCACCUGCCCUACGCCCCGUAUCGAUCGAUUUUGCGUUCUCCCGAGCAAAAAAAAUGGAAAAUUUUUUACAGCUUCUGAUCGAAAACUUCCAGAUUCAGCCAGAAAUUUUGCUCUCAUUGCGGUGCCAAGAACUUGGCGUAUGUAAACUUCCCGACUCCAUCGAAAAUGUGUUGCGCCAAGAUGUUUGUCACCUUGAUUGUGCUGUUGGCCCUGAUCGGAGCCGUCGCCGUCAUCGGCGGAAUCGCUCAAUGGUUCAACAUGGAACAGCAGAAAACUGAUCCUUGGAGACAUCAUUAUUAG